AUGGCCGCUACUCUUGUGCUCCCUGUUGAAAAAGAUGGGAUGGACGGCAGCAUUAACCAUGUUGAAGAUGGCAAGAUUGAAGCUGAAGCUGAAUUUGAUGUAGCAGCUGCAGCAGCUGAGAAGAAGCUCGUGAGAAAGAUUGACAUGCGGAUCAUGCCUGCGACGGCGCUAAUUUACCUUCUAUGCUACCUUGAUCGAUCAAACAUUGGAAACGCAAAGAUUCUCAAUUCAUCCACCAAAGAUGAUCUUCUUAGCUCCAUCAAUAUGACCACAUAUGAGUACACAGUCGCCCUCAUGGUCUUCCUUGUUGCAUACUCUCUAUUCGAGGCUCCCAGCAACCUCGCCAUGAAAAUCUUUUCACCGCCUAGAUGGUUGGGCUUCCUAGUCUUCGCCUUUGGAGCACUCUGUGCUGGUAUCGCGGGCUCCAGAAGCGUCGCCACUAUCACUGUUCUUCGGUUCUUUCUCGGGGCUGCCGAGGCUGGAGUCUUUCCUGGUAUGAUUUUCUACCUCAGCUUCUGGUAUCGUCCGCAUGAACGGGCAACUAGAAUCGCUGGCUUCCUCUGCAGUGCGACUCUUGCCGGUGCCUUUGGCGGUGCUAUUGCAUAUGGUGUUGGACACAUGAACCUUGUCGGCGGUCUCGAGGCCUGGAGAUGGCUCUUUAUUAUUGAAGGUGCACCAUCCAUCAUCUGUGGCAUCUUUAUUUUCUUCUUCCUUCCUCAAUAUCCAGAGACUGUGACUUGGCUAAACGCCGAGGAAAAACUUCUCCAAGAAUCACGAAUGGGUGCAAAUUGCUCUAAAGGUGAGGAGAAGCUCAACUGGGCGGACGCAAAGGCGACUCUUAAAGACCUUCGUCUCUGGGUUCACUACGUCACAUAUAUGGCUUUGGGUGUCGGUGUCUCGUCGCUCUCUCUCUUCUCGCCCACAAUCGUUGCUGGGCUUGGCUACGUGGAUCUUCAGGCGCAGCUGUUCACCGUCCCACCAUACGCUUGCGCCUACGUCGUUACCUUUGCUGUGGCCAUGUACUCAGACUAUAAGAAGACCCGAGGCCUCAUCGCGGGCAUAUGCUUCAGUAUUGGUGCAAUCUCAUUUAUCAUUCAAGCCGUUCUCGCGGAAGACGCGUAUAAAGCUCGCUACGCCUUCUUGGUACUCUCCACUUGCGGUGUCUUCGGUGGUCUCCCGCCGCUCUGUGCUUGGGUCUCUGACAAUGUCCGCUCCACGACAGCAGGAUCCCUGGCCUCCGGUCUUAAUAUCGCUUUCACUGGCCCCGGUCAAAUUAUUGGCGUCUGGAUUUACCGUGCGAAGGACAAGCCGGCCUACAGACUUGGCCAUGCUAUCAAUGCUGGCUUCUUGGUGCUGGGUGGCGUCUUGAGCUUUGGGCUGCACAUCUACUACAGGAGACUGAAUAAUAAGAUGGUUGGCAAUAAUACGCAUAAGUGGACUACAUGAAGAUUUGUAUAACGUAAGUCGGCCAGGCAGGAG